AGUAAGAGUAUUAUCUAGUAUAAUACACAUUUAUGAAAUAAAGGAAGUAUCAUGCGACAAUCACUCUAUUUUUCUGCGGCAUUAUUGCCAGCACGCAGUGGUGAAAAUUUAAGAUUUUCUUCUCCAUUCGUUUUUCUCCCCUUAUUUCAUUGAGAAAUAAGAGUAGUUUCCCCUCAGUUACCGCCCAGUGUUUACUUCCGUGAACCAUUUACCAUGUGUACUAUUUAUUUUGUUACAUUGCAGUAAUAACUUGAUCUAGAAUCUAGAUCUAGCUUUGUUUACAAAGGAUCACAUGAAAAAUAGAUUUAAUCCAGAGCUUAUAUUUUAUAAAUUAAAUUAUAAAUUAUCCAUUUAGUCUAAACAACAUAAGCAUUUUUCCUUUGUUGAAAUAUGAGUGACCUAGAUACUCAUCAUACUCAGACUGGUCUAGUUACAAAAAGGUUGUUUAUUGGAGGCUUGUCAAGUGACAUUUCUAAAGAUGAUCUGAUCGAGAGAUUUUCGAAAUUUGGCAAAGUUGAUAAUGUAAAGCUUACAACACGCUUAGAUGAUCAAGGUGUUCCUGUGAAGUCCUUUGCUCAUCUUGAUCUUGAAGGUGAACAGUCCAAAUUAAAGAAAUGUUUUGACACCUACCAGAAUACCAAGUGGAAAGGCUCCUGCUUAAAGUUACAGUAUGCUAAAGAAAGCUUUUUAGACAAGCUAAAGAAAGAAAGAGAGAAAGAAGAUGUACCAAAGAAAGUUGAUGCUUCACCUGCAGCUGUAAAACCUCCAGAUAUAUCAGAUAUAAAAGGACCAGCAGUUCCUGGAACACCUCUUCCUGGAAAGACGGAUUGGGUGGUUGGAAAAUAUGGCAGAGUUUUGCCUAUUAUGAACCUAAAAAAGUCAAACAAAUUAAAGGUGGUGAAACAUGACCCAUCCAAACUUUGCCAUACAGCCAAAAUUUUUAAAGAUGAAUCUUUGGAUUUGUCUGCUCCUUGUGAAAAGUUAACUUGGGAAAUUGAUACCCCUGACAGUGACAUUACAAAAAAGAGAAAAGGAGAUUUCUUGGUAACACAGAGUGUUGAAAAAGUUAAAAAACACAACUCCACUAUGUCUCCAGUACCUGACAGUAUAUGUAGGAACAAUUUAGUUCAAAAACAGAACAUAAAUAUGCCUAUGAAACCAGCCUAUUCAGCAAAAAAUCAGUCUCCUAGUGUACUAGAUAUCCCAGAAUUUAAAGGAUUACAAAUGCUAAGCACUAAUCCUGUUGAUCUAAAACUUUCACUGAUUGAAGAUUCUCCCAGUCUUGAUGUGCCAGGCACAAAACUUGAAAACAAAAGUUUGACCAGACACAAAAAUAUGCCGUUGAAGAAGAAUGAUUUUAAAAGCUCAAGUACAGGGGGCACAACUACAGAUUUGACAAUUUUUGAAAAUACUUCAGAUUCUAUAAGUCCAACAAAAACACAGCAGAAAGAAUCCAACUGUUCAAAUUCCUCACCACAAAAUAAAACCUCACAAAACAAAAGAAACUUAAAUGUUUCUCCAUUAGGUGUUGGUGCUCAAAGUGAAGACAAUGGAAAUGAUUCUGCUUCAUCUGCUGACACAGAUGAGAUAAUUGCAAGACAUAAAAAAAAGUGUAAUUUAUCAAUGCAGUCUAGUCUGGAGAAUAAAUUAACACCUGUGGCACAGUUCAAAGCCAAGCCUCUACCUUCCAGAUCUUUAAAUUCUUCACUGUCUGACAACAGCCUGUACACAUCAGAAUGUUUUACAUAUUCUCCAGGUUUAUCUGACUAUUCACUCCCCAAUACAUCUCUAGCCAAGAGAACAUUGGAAGACAGUGACUUAGACAGCAAUGACCUUGAACUUGUUGCAAAAAAACUUGAACAAAAAGAAACUGUAUUCAAACCCUCCAUUGUUAAAGCUAGUCCUAUGGAGACUAAAGCUGAACAGAAAGUUGGACAAAUUUCCACAACUGUCAAAGAAAACUGUGAAUCUGUUGUUAAAGUGAUGGAUUGUGAGAUUACAGAGAAAAAGGAUAAAAAAGCCAGUGAUAAUAUAAAAAGACUAAAAGCAAUUAGAGAAACAUCAAAACUGAAACUAAAACAACAGAUGGUGAUACAGAAAGCAUUAGAACAUGUGGAUUCUAAAGACUUUGGCUCUGUCAAUAGAACAGUGUUUGCUAGUGACUCAGAAGACGAUGUAGAUGAUGGCCCUACUAAAAGUUUCAGUGAGGCCUCUGAAAUUAAAACUUCUAAAAAAUCUAAGGACACAAUGGAAUUGUUUGGUAGUUCAUCUGACAGUGAAAGUGAUUAUGAGGAAAUGUUCAAAUCUAAACCUCAUUUUGAGGGUAAAAAAGGAGAACAACUGAUGAAAAUGGAGCGAAACUUUGGUGACAGCCGGUUUAAAUUAGAUGCUAAGUUUGUUGAUACUGACAGUGAGGAAGAGGAAGAGAAGAACCAUAUCAAUGAAAAGAGCAGUCAAGAUAAUGAUCUUGAAGAGGAAAAAGCUGCAAGUCUCAGAAUUUUGGAAAAUGUCAUCGGAAAGUCUAAGCUAGAUAAGUUUUCUGAGAAAUUAAAAAGAAAUACAAAAUACAUUAUUGAUAUGAAUACAGUCAGAUUUGAUCCCACCAAAGUAUUAGCUCAGAAAGAGGUCCAAACUAAACAGAACCUCACAUCCGGCAAAAUACCUCUUACUCUUACUGAUAGAGCAAACAAGAAAAGCUCGUUAUCUCAAGCAGACAUGAGGAAGAGCAAUAGAGAGGAAGAAACUAACAAAACUGAAUCAGUAACAAAACAAAAGCAACUUGAGAGCACCAAAAUUGAAACCUGUACAACUGAGACAAAAAACAAAUCCAAAAUUUCAGAUCCAGAAAGUGACACUCUUCUCAAAACAAAGGACACUUCAGACAAUGCUAAGAAUGCUGCAAAGUCACGAGUGGACAAAUCAUUGCUGAAUCUCUUCAUAAGUAAAGAGAGUGAAAAAGAUGAAAACAAUACUCAGGUCUUCUCACUAUUGGAUCAGUUUGGCAACAUCUCUGGUGACAGUUCCAAUGAAAGUGACAUAGACACAAAAGCUCAAGCGAUAAAACCAAAGGCAGUUUUGACUGGACUGUUUAAAAAUUCUCAAGAUCCAAAAACUAAAACCACAAAAACUUCCACAAAUUCAGCCCUGAAUUUGUCAGAUCAACCUCGCAAGGGAAAUAAUACAAUGUCAGACUCAGAGGACUUAGUGAAUAAUACAAUGUCAGACUUAGAAGAUGAAAUGGAUGACGAUGACUUAUCAGAAGAGGAUAGCAUAUCAGAACUUGCUGAUGAAAAGGAAGUUAAAAAGCUAGGUCUGUAUGAGGAAACAGAUCAAGCUCUAAUUAAUGCUGGUAGAAUAGAUAUUCGAUAUACCAGAGAGGAAUGGCGCAAGCAUUGGGAAGAAAUUAGACCAACUCUUGUAAAGCUGUAUAAAAGAAAACAUAAGGAGGCUGUAAAAAAUAAACGUGUACAAAAUGAAAGAAAACGAAAGCAAGACUUUUUGAAAAAUGUUAAAAAUAGAAAUUGGAGACAUAUUAAAAAAUGAAAAUGUUAAAAUAUUUAUUAAAUAACUAUCCAACACAA